GCGGGCCUGCAAAUUUGCAUAUCUGCGCGGCUAUUUACGGCAUGGUGUUUAUACAAGGUACGCGUGAUCAUAUCAAGAUAAACUACUGAGGAUAUGGUGUGCUAGAAAGUUGACCAUUCUGCUGACCAACAUGGAAAAGGGAAACCGACAGGAUGGUUUCUUGCGGGUGUGUUACUACGCGUGGGGGAGGUCCGACCUCCUUCCGCACGAGAUAGACACUAGCCUCUGCACACAUCUUAUUCUGGGCUUUGUCGAAGUGAAGGACAACAUCAUCCACAAGGGAUCUACCUCUGGUGAAGAAGCCUACCGCACCAUGGGAGAAAUGAAAAAAAGAAACCCUGCACUAAAGGUGAUGGUUUCUGUCGGAGGAGGCGGCAAUGCUGACGGAUUUCACUCCAUGGUCGCAAGUGCCUUUGGUAUAGAUGCCUUUACAGAGUCCGUAAUCUCUACAUUGAGAGAGCACGGCUUGGAUGGUAUUGACAUAGACUGGGAGUUUCCCAACAUGGUUAAACAUGGAAAACGUCAUUUUACUAGGCUCAUUCAGAGACUGAACGCGGCAUUUUGCGACGAGGCCCGUACAGCUGGCAAGGAUAAGCUGUUGUUGUCUGCGGCUGUCGCCCCUCAAAGUUUGAUCAUAAGAAACUCCUACGAUAUUCCAGAAGUAAGCAGAUGUGUGGACUUCAUUAACCUUAUGACAUACGACUUGCACCUGUUUAAGUGGUACUUCCCUUUCUCGGGGCAUAAUGCACCGCUCUGUGCCAGGAAAAAGGAAGUUGGAUAUUUUUCUACACUGAAUGUGGUGAGCCAGUUCAUCGAAAAAGGCGCGAAACGUGUCUUUGAUAAGCAAAGCUGUGUGCCUUACGCUUGUGAUGGCAAAACUUGGGUCAGCUAUGAUGAUCUGGAAAGUAUAGAAGCAAAGACUCGCUGGAUUAUCUCCGAGGAUUUUGGCGGGAUUAUGACCUUUAGUCUGAAUUAUGACGACCACAAAGGGACAACCACUGGAGGUGUGACUUUUCCGCUUCACAAGAAGAUAAAGGAAAUCUGUGAGAGCCCACUGCCUGCCUAAGGCGAGUAUCCAACGAAAGGCCGCUCUUCAGCCGCAGUGCUGCUUUCCAGUGACAUACGAGAGGCAAUUAGAACAAAGAUUUAUUAACAAAGACAUCGAAUGUGUCUAUACAGUGCAGGAAAACAACGAGGCAUUGCCCGACAUAAUAAUCCAUGUCUGCAUUAUGUUGAGUGCAUCAGCAUGGAGUAACAUUGGCAGUGUUGGUGUCGUAGGCAGUGGCAGAAGGAUGCACAAUGGUGCACACCUCUUUGCAAACAAGGAACAUGUGCUCUUUGCAAACAAGGAACAUGUGAUGUUCUCUCUCAUUGUUAGCAAAGGCUUAUGCUAGGUUUAAAUUUACACAGCUGGUUGCAUAGCACUUAACAGUACCUUGCAGAAGGACAUAAGAAGCAAACUCUGUAAAUGUGCGUCGGCAUCAUUUACAAUUUCACGUACAGUUAUAAAGUCCAUAUGUACAAUUACAACUUCUGUUUAUUUGCAAUAUGGUCCAGUGUUAUGUCAUCAAAGUGCUUGCGGAGAAGCUUUUCUCUUACCAAAGUAUGACUAGUAUGUAUGUGUUAGAAGCAUGUUACUACUUCAGUGAUGAAAGUCAUCUGAACAACAUUGUUGACGGUGCAAAAUUAGUAAUUUCUCUAUUUUUUUGUUGCUCUUUUGUCAGCUGCACAUUUAGAUUAGGACGACAGGGAAAUUUAUGUCACAAAAUGCACAAAAGUAUCCUAAAUAAGACACAGAGUUUACGCAGCGAAACACAAUAUUCAUCCUAUCAGCUGUUGGUGGCCGGAAAACCAGCACAAGCACAUGAGAUGACCACAGUUAAUGAAAUGAAGCCUUUGCACCAGCCCGUAAAGCGCGGGAUGUCAUCCAGGCGGUACUUAUCGGGUUAUGACCUGCCUAAUGCAAACUCUGCACCGGGAGACGCGCGUCCUCAGGUCACCCGCCUUGAGGGUCUGAGGAUCUGGAGCUCGGAACAUGUCCCUGCGCUCGAUGGUGGCGAGCCAGUAACUGUAGGCAGUAGUGUAGUAGUUACACCGCCCGUGGCCGUGGCAUUCUAUGAACGGGUUUGGUCGGAAGUCUUCCAAGCAGGAACCUGGAGACACUAGCGGCUGGCCACUUCCUUCCGCCCCGGAGUCAGUGUUCUGUGCACAAAGUUUUGUUUAUAGUGUUUGUUUACAGUACAGUACAGUACAGUAAACAAAGUUUGUUCACAGUACACGUAAUAGUGUACUAAGAGAACACUAUAAUGUUUUCUGUAAUGUUUACUGUGAUUUGUGGGAAGGAAACUGGACCCUCACCAUGAAGAAGCUGUAACCCAUCCAGAGUCCAUUCCAGCCUUGAGGGCACUCUGGGAUUUCUAUGGUCUGGCUAUGUAAUGCAAUAACCUGCAAGUACAGUUUACGAGCAUGAGAAGCGUACAUAUUACGCAGUGAACAUCACACUUUCUUUUUGUUGAAUACGACAGCUGUGUUUUGCAGUUUUUGCAUUUAGUUAACACACCUGUGUUGUGGAUUCACAGACGCUGCAUCGGCUGAUGUACUUCUGGAUGUCCCUUCCUACAAUUGGUGUCAUCGCCAUAGGCAUUGGUUCUGGCGUACUUAGCCAGUAACUAUAAUCGUUUCUCGAUGCAAAAUUGCAGACAUUGUUCAAGCUGCAGAAUAGGAAAGGCAUUGGGCUAAACCUUCUAAGGCAACUACCGGCACUACCUGCAAAAUAAUUUUUCGUAGGGUGAAUUUAUUACAUCUAAUCAUCAUCGUGUCUUUAUCAUGUUUCACAUGUACUCUCUCUACACUUGUUACGAUGCUAGCACAAUAAACGUAUAGAACUUUGAGAAA